CUCAGUGUCUGUCUAAACACAGCUUUAGCUUUAGCCUGUAGCUCUUACCCUUCUUCUUUAGCCAUCCAGCUUCAGCAGAUUCAGCCGAACGGAGAUUCAGAGAGUUUAGAGGGUUUUAGUGAGGAGCAGAGCAGACUUCAGAUACUCCACUACAGCCAAACUACAGCCACACUACAGCCAACUACAGGUACACUACAGCCAACUACAGUCAAACUACAACCAACUACAGCCAACUCCAGCUACACUACAGCCAAACUCCAGCUACACUCCAGCCAAACUCCAGCCACACUACAGCUACACUACAGCCAAACUCCAGCUACACUCCAGCUACACUACAGCCAAACUCCAGCUACACUACAGCUACACUACAGCUAUACUACAGCUACACUACAGCUGAACUACAGCUACACCACAGCUGAACUACAGAUAAACUACAGCUGCACCACAGCUAAACAGAUGAACUACGUCCAACUACAGCUGAACUAUAGCUGAACUACAGGUACACCACAGCUGAACUACAGCUAAACUACAGCCAACUACAGCUGAACUACAGCUACAGCAUAGAUGAAUUACAGCUGAACUGCAGAUACAGCACUCAUUCCACUCCACUCCACUACAUCACCACUGCUAUUUUAGACACACCAAUACUGAACUGAUGGUUGUAGAUCGGUACUCAUUGUAGACUGAUUUGUUAUAGACUGAUUUGUUGUAAAUUGAUACUCGUAGAUCGGUACUCAUUGUAGACUGAUUUGUUGUAGAUCGGUACUCAUUGUAGAUCAAUACUCAUUGUAGACUGAUUUGUUGUAGAUCGGUACUUGUUGUAGACUGAUUUGUUGUAGAUUGGUACUCGUUGUAGAUCGGUACUCGUUGUAGACUGAUUAGUUGUAGACUGAUUAGUUGUAGACUGAUUAGUUGUAGACUGAUACUCAUAGAUCGAUACUCAUUGUAGCCUGAUUAGUUGUAGCCUGAUUAGUUGUAGCCUGAUAGUCAUUGUAGACUGAUUAGUUGUAGCCUGAUUAGUUGUAGCCUGAUACUCAUUGUAGACUGAUUAGUUGUAGACUGAUUAGUUGUAGACUGAUACUCAUUGUAGACUGAUUUGUUGUGUGAAUUGUGUAGAUUGAUGCUCAUUUUUGAAACGUGGUUGUUCAGUGUUGCUUCUUUUAUUAGUGACAGUCACCAAAUCCUCAGAGAAGUGUAAUCUGAAUAAUAAUAAAUAUGGUAAUAAUCCAGUCAUAAGAGCUGCAGUUCAUAAUAAUAAUUAAAUUCUAUCUAUCAACAACAAUGUCUUAAGUUUUAAGAGGGAAAUUUUACAAUAACACAGAGCUUUUGAACUGUCUGAAGAGAAGUUAAACCAAUCAGAGUUAGCCAAACCUUGAUGUGUUGUGACAUCACAACCACAACUUCCUGGCAAUCUUGGAAUUCGGUGUUUGAGCCCUAAGCCAGAAAAAAGUGGAUAUUCUGAUCUUCUUGGCCAAAAACAAGCUUGAACUUUAAUUUCUAGAAAAUAUUCACAAUUUUAAUCACAGACUCAAAAUCGGGAAGAAACAUUGCAGUUAGAUAUUUUCCCCAAAUCGUUCAGGUGAGUUAUUAAAGCAGAUCAGCGCGCAGCUGCAGAAGGAAGAGAUGCAGAUCCGUUUAUUUAUUAAUACAUUCAUAGUUUGGAAAGAUCCUGUUGUUACAGGUGGCUGUGUAAACAUUUACUGAUGGCCUGAAAUGAUCCAGAAUAUAUCUGUUUGUAUUGAGGUUAAGGAUAAGAAUGUUUUUCUGCGGAGAAGUUUUAUCGGUGAUCAGUAAGAGUGGUAUGUCGACGCUCAUGCCCCCCACAGAGAUGUCGGUGCACCCCCGGCGUGUGCGGCUGAAGCCCUGGCUGGUGUCUCAGAUAGAUAACGGGACGUUUCCGGGUUUGGUGUGGUUAGACCGGGAAGCCAAACGCUUCCAGAUCCCGUGGAAACACGCCACGCGGCACACGGCCCAACAGGAAGAGGAGAACACCAUCUUCAAGGCAUGGGCCGUGGAGACUGGGAAGUUUCAGGAGGGAGUAGAUGAACCUGAUCCGGCGAAGUGGAAAGCUCAGCUGCGUUGCGCCCUCAACAAGAGCCGGGAGUUUAACCUCAUCUAUGAUGGAACCAAAGAGGUUCCCAUGAACCCUCUGAAGAUCUAUGAUGUGUGUGACAUCCCUCAGCCUCUCAGCAACCCUGGUUCUACAGGUUCAGCUCCUGCGUAUGAUUCUGAUGGUGAGGAUGAUGAUGUACCAGAUACACCAGAACCCCCACCACCUCCAUACCACCCGCCAGUGAGCAGCUCCCCUCUGGCCCCCCCAGUUUGGACACCCCCAGGCUCUGUAUCACCCAUGCAGCCCCCCAGCUGCACCCCAGCCCCUCCGGAGGUGUGGCCUAAGAAGGAGCCGAUGGACAUGGAAAUGGACGUUCAGCCAACCGGCACGGAGCCACAGCCCAUUUCAGCCAUACCGGACACGCUGUUCACCACCCCGGAGACCUGGAUCAGCUCCCUCCCCAUGACGGAUCUUGAGGUGCAGUUUUAUUUCCGUGGUAAGGAGAUGUGUCCAGCGAUGACGGUCAGUAACCCUCACGGCUGCCGGCUGUUCUACGGUGAUCUGGGUCCGAUGGUGAAUCAGGAGGAGCUGUUUGGGCCGAUUUCUCUUGAGCAGCUCCGUUUUCCCUCCACCGAGCAAAUCAACAACGACAAGCAGCGCCUCUUCACCAACCGCCUGCUGGACGUCAUGGACCGUGGCCUCAUUUUGGAGGUCAGCGGUCACGACAUCUACGCCGUCCGGCUGUGUCAGUGUAAGGUGUACUGGUCUGGACCCUGUGCCCCCAACCCUAACGCCCCAAACCUCAUUGAACGCCAGCGCAAGGUCAAACUCUUCUGCCUGGAGACCUUCCUCAGUGGUGUGAUUGCACACCAGCGUGGUCAGUCUCCUGCCCUUCCUCAGUUUGAUAUCCACCUGUGUUUCGGAGAGGAGUGGCCAGACGGCCGGCCGCGAGAAAGGAAGCUCAUCAUGGUGCAGGUGACCCCGGUGGUGGCUCGGAUCAUCUGCGAGAUGUUCUCCGGUGACGGCACGCGCUCAUUCGACAGCAGCAGCGUCCGUCUGCAGAUCUCCGUCCCCGACAUCAAAGACAACAUCGUCACUCAGCUGAAGCAGCUCUACCGCCUCCUACAGACGCACCAGGGACACGACACCUGGCCCCUCCCUCCAGGGGCCAAUGUCCACCUGCCCACCGCCCUGCACGCUCAGUAACACUCUCUGGUAGACACGGUGGGUGGGGGGGCAGUCAUGUAGCAUAAAGAAUAUUUAGGUUAUUGUACAUUAAACUGCACGUAAACUACAUAUUGCUUGUUUUUUCUCUUAUAACUUUUAUAUUUCAUACUUCAUUUUUACCUGACUCUCUUUAUCCCUUAGAUCUACCCAAGCGGUGCCCUUGAAACCGCCUAUGAUAAUGAGCUCUCUUCUGAUUGGCUGCCCUGUAUGCAGUCAGUACUUUAGCAUGACUAAACUGAUGGAUAUGUGAUGGGUGGGGCUAAAGUGAUGUAGGCAGAGUGGGUGGGCAUAUGUAAACGAGUUGGUUUCCUGACAUCAUAAGAACAGUAAAUUAGAAAUUUUGCACAUUUUGACUUUAAUAGUGUUUAAAUACUUUCAAAGGUCUUAUUUAACAAAAGCAGCGAUGAGGUCACUUAAAACAUAUCGAUUAGCGUAAAUCACGGUGCUCGUUACACUGAAACCUCAGCAGCCGUGCCGCGCUCACCGUUCUGGAUGGUCGGUCAAAGUCUGUCCUGCAGCUGAGCUUUCAGUCUAUUAAUGAUUGACGAGUUUGUGGCGGCGCAGCGGCGCUGAAGCAGAGCAGUGAAAUAUUCAUAUGUUCCAUAAACUCGUUUCCUCUGAGCUGUGAGCUCACUGCAGCUGUGUGGUGUGGAUCUAUACAGGCUGUCGUUAUUAUACACGCUUAAGAACCUAUAAGGAUCUUCAAGGGUUCUUCUGAUAGAAAAUGGGCCCUUUUUGAAAAGGGUUUUAUAUAGUACCAAAAAGGGUUCUUCUGUUACAAGCUUGGUAUCGAAAUACUGGUACCCUUUUAGAACCAUCUAUAUAUUUAAAACACCUCAGUAAAUUGUCCAUGUGGUCUGUUAAAGACUGACCGCUUUGUUUUGGCCUAAAUUAUUUUGUGAGGUAUUCGGACGUCAGAGCACAAUUUCACUGCACUGGUGGCGAGCGGCCCCGCGAGCGGCCCGGCGAGCGGCUUUUAGGGGUCAGUAGAGUUGGUUUUAGCGGUGAUUCUCUGAACAUUCCCUGUUAAUCUUAACAUGCUGAUUGACUCCUGUGGUGAUGUAAUCUCCUAAACCUGGAUCUGUACAUAUAUAAUAUAUAAAGUGUAGAUGAAAGUUUUAGUUGUAGUUUUCUGUAUUUUGGGACUGCUGUACUGUUUUAAGUUUAAGCUCAGCUUUAAUUUUGUUCUCAUGUCAUGUGAUAUGAUUUAGUGUUUGCUUUUAUAAAUAAAAUUAUAAUAAAGUUACCUCCUCUUUU